UUUUAUCAUGGCGUUUCCCACUAGCCCGAUGUCUCCAGUUCAAAUACCCGAUAUGCUUUUCUACAACUUUAACAGCUCUCGGGGCCAGGUUUUGCGCCCGUCUUCGUUUUGGUCUGUGCGCGACAUCAAAGAAGAAGUCGAAAAGAGAGAAAACGUCCCUGCCGAUUCGUUGCGAGUCAUUUACAGAGGGACGGAAUUAGAAGACAACAAACAUCUCAAAGAUUGUAAACUGGACACCAUGAGCACAGUGCACGUACUGAAAAGCGAUAGACGGAGCUCUUCUGCGUUGGAAGCCAUGGCAAAACCUAAGAAUCAAUUUUAUGUGUAUUGUGCUGAGUGCAAGUCAAUAGCCGAGGGGAAAAUCAUCAUUCGAUGCUCUGAGUGCAUGCAGCAAAGUUUUGUAGUCAAGAAGGGUCCCAAGUCAUGGGACGAAGUCCUAGUAAAGCAAACGGAUAUUCAUGGCUCUUGCCUAAAUGAAUCAUGCAAGGGAAAGGACCAUCAGGGCAAGUAUACAUUUCAUUGCUCAGCACAUAGAGGGAGUGAUAUACCACCAGAGGCAUUACCUUUGCCCUUACUUCGUGUCAACACAGUUUCUAUAAAGUGCAUGAAUUGUGCUGAGACCCAAGAUCCUGUUCUGGUCUUUCCUUGUAAUGAUCAUCAUGCCAUUUGCAUGUCUUGCUUUGAAAUUUAUGUUGAACUGGCAAUUAACAGUCAGCUAUUUGAGCGUGAUCCACGCACUGAGAUGUACACACUAGGCUGUCCUGCCGGAUGUCCUGACUCAUAUAUUCCUGAACCACAUACCUUCAAAGCUGCGAGACCUGAUCUAUAUGAGAGGUAUAAGGACAUUGCUGUUGAAGACAUGGUGUUGAAGUGUGGUGGUGUAGUGUGUUCGUGUGGUCAGAAGAUUAUGUGCUCACAAUUUGAUGAGUCAGAGAGUGAAGACGAUGACGAGGAAGAGGCAGAGCCUCAGGCUGCUGCUGCUGCUGCAUUUCAGCCUCAACGGCUUAGCCUUAAGUGUGAUUCGUGCAAGAAAACAUACUGUACAAGGUGCAAACAACUUUGGCAUCCUGGGGAUGAGUGUACAGCUCCGGCUCCUAAAGACAGGCCCAAAGAUGAAAUGAGAAUCGAAAAGGAGAAAGCUGCUAUGGCUUGCUGGAAAACAGGCUAUCCAGAUCCUUGCAUUGAAGCUUUCCAGAAAGAUCUACAAGAAGCAAAGAAAAAAUGGGAACAGUCACAUAAGAAAAAGAGAUGGUGGUUGUUCUCAUCUUGAGAGACAAUCUGUAUAUUGCUUGGUUGGAUGAGAUCUUGCUGUCAUUUUGGUCAUUUGGAGGACUGUUUGUAUUAUGUAUCCGACUACAUUGAUGCCGUAUGAAUUAGUUGUUUCUACCAGAAACCUUUCCCAUGUUGUUAUAAGUCUUAUAUGCUUUUACACAAGAACAGUGUUUACUUUUCUGGAGUGGAAUUGAAGACGUGUGCUUACGUUGUUUAGGCUGGAUACUUUUUAGGAUGAUCUUUCAGUUGUGGCUGAUUUGUUGAUGUUUGAAAACUAAA